AUGUGUUCUUCUUCCCCGGCAUCUCUUGAUGAGGUGAUUGUCACUAUCGUCGUAAGUCACUACUCGAACGAAAGAGCAUUGGUCGUCCCCAUCUCGAGCCGACUUGAAACCAACUCCUCGACAACGCUUGAUCAUUAAUCUCCCCCCCCCCCCCACCUAUCCUCACCAGCGCCACGGUGAAACCUCUUACAACCAUUCCAAAACCGUGCAAGGUCACAUCGACGUACCUUUAAACACCAAAGGUCUAGCCCAAGCCUCCACAACAGGCCGAGUGCUCGCUGCUCGAGGAUUCAAGGGUUUUGAUCAGGCUUGGAGUAGUGAUUUGUCGAGGGCCAAGGUGACGGCGAGGACGGUGUUGGAUAAGGCCGGUUUUGAGAGGAUGAGCGUGGGGGAGGAUGAGAGGUUGAGGGAACGGGUGAGUGCGCGGUUGCGAGAGGAGGUGAAGUUCGGGUUGCUGCUGGGCGGGCAAUCGUGCCAGGGCGGGCCAGGUGGUGGACGAUGAAGAUUGAUGAUGAUACUGAUUCAGCUACCGUUUUUGAUUCGGGCUCAGUUUUUGGGUACGAUGCAGGUCAGUCGAGCCUCCUUCCUCACCGUCAUCUCCCGCCGACUCGAACUGAAAGAUUCUAACCUCCGCUUUCCCGAACGUGUCCGAACAGAACAAACGCCGCGAUGAAUGCACCGCCGCCGAUUCCAAAACGAUCGAACCCACUUCUGAAUUUGCCGAUCGUCUUCUGUCCUUUUGGGACGAGCGAUUUCCGUCGACCCCUACGUCCACUGCGACUUCCAACGGAAGCACCGAUGCGCAUGGGAUGAACGAGGAAGGAUCCUCGUCCGCUUCCCCAAGUCAAUGGCUGAUCGUCUCCCACGGCGGCUCGAUUCGCCAACUCCUGCACUCCCUUCUCAUUGACCGAUCCUCAAACUACUCCCUCUCUCCAAGCGAAUUCUCGGACUCGCUCGACCAAGUCCUCGAUCGACGGAUUGGGAAUUGCUGCUUCACUGAGAUUCGGAUGCGAAGAGGUGAGGAGGGGUGGGUGGGUGUGGUGUACAAGUAUGCGGAUGAGCGUCAUUUCGAGGAUAGUUCGAGGGCACCUAGUCCGGGGAGGAAUGAGGACGUUGUGGAGUAG